GUGGAAAGCAGUCGCUAAAAUGCACGAGGAACCAGCCUUUACGCUUUAGCCGCCGAGAAAAUGAUGAUAAUUACUUAUUUUCCAAUUCCGUGUUUAAUCGCGGUGGCGUUUAUAACGCAAUUUGGACAAGGUCAAAAUUUUGAUCAACAAACCAUUGUGAGCACCUUCAACCGCUCGCGGCGUUUGUACAUUGACCAAUGCUGCAGUGGAUUUUCGUGCGACGCCAACAAAGCGCUGGCACAGAGAGUCGCGGGUGCCCCCCAAUGGACUCCGUGGGGCUCGACGCUCUUCGUCACCAUGACGCCGCCCGUCUUCUUCACGCGCACCUUCACGCCGACCGUGUUCAUUCCAACCACGGCCGGCAUUUUCAUUCCAAUAACAACCGUCGUCUUCACGACAAGAAGAACUACGAAAAAACCAAAGAAGAAAACGACGACUAGAACAACAACUGAGGCGACUACUACUGAGGAGACUACUACUGUGGAAGAAACCACCGUGACAGAAGAAACGACGACGGAAUCCCUCGGCCCGUGCGCCGAACUCACGUGUCCAAGCCAUGUUUGCAACAAAGACGACGGAAAGUCCAUUCCUCCGCUCUACAGCAACAACGGCACUCAGUUUUUAGCAGCACCGUCUCCAAACGGACCAUUGAAAAUCGCAUGUGGCAAACUGUAUCUCUUCUCCACGAAUUUGAAAAACUACACAGACGCUGGGAAGACUUGUUGCGCGAUGAGCAUGCGGCUGCUGAGUCUCGCCGCCAAUUCCACGGACCAAAAAUGUCUGUCCGAAAUGGCAAGCUUCGACCCGUUUUUCUACCAGCAAACGCGACUCUUCUGGACAUCCGGCUCGUCGAUGAACUGCAACUACUCGUGGUGUCCGUCGAACGAAACGAUUUCGCCCGGCGCCCAGUGGAUGUCCAACUUUCCCAGGUCUGCGUUUGCUGCCGCGCCAGAGCAGGACUGCGUGCGUUUGCUCUUCGACAGAUCCACGCUUGCUCUAAAUACGGACUACUGCUCCUCACUUAAUUACUACAUUUGUCAGGGUGACGUCGCGCUGAUCCAGAAUCAGGACUUGGUGUCCGUUUGGCCGACGACACCGGCUCCUGCAACAACAACCACAGCGACGACCACCACCGUCGCCCCUUGCGUCACACAAAAGUGUCCGGAGGGCAUGUGCAGAAGAGACAUGAAUAGCUCGGUCUUUGUGAAUAAUGCGGGCCAGUUUUUGACAGUUCCCUCUCCAAACGGGCAGUUUAAGGUGGCUUGCGGGCGCCUUUACCUGUUUUCAACUAAUGUGAAAAGUCUGCCAGACUCGAUUUCCACGUGCUGCGCGAUGAGCAUGACGCUGGCCACGUUCGCCGACCCUGCCAGGCAAAACUGCGUCAAUGAGCUUUCGAACUUUGACCCAGACUUCGGGGUGGCCCGACAGUUCUGGACGUCGGGGGCGACGGUGUUCUGCACGCUGCGCUGGUGCACGACCAACACUGACGUGGCCAACAUCGCCUGGAUGGCCAGCUACCCCAAGCCGCAGCCGACGCCUCCCGCGCAGGACUGCCUGCGUUUGAUGCUCGGAAAGGGUGUUUCGCUCUACAACACCGAUACCUGCACCAAUGUCAAUAACUACAUAUGCGAGGGCGACGUGUCUCUGCUCCAAAGCAUUAACCAAGUGCAAAACUGGCCGUCGACGAACGUGCCGUUCACGACGACACCACCGUCGUGUCCUGUUAUCUGUCCAACCUUCCAGUGCAACAGAAACGCCAAUUAUUUCACGUUGAACGACGCGAUUUUAACAGUUCCUUCGAGUUUUGGAUUCGUGAAAUCAGCGUGCGGCAAGGCAUACAUGUUCAGCAGGGCUAGCGUGUCGCAAGUGGAGGCGAGUGUGGCGUGCUGCGAGCUGGGCAUGAGUUUGCUCUCGAUUGACAACCAAGCCGAGCAGGAUUGCUUGCACAGCCUCAAUAUGGCGGACAUGAGAUACUCGACCCGAGCCUUCUGGACGUCGGGCAGCCAGCGGGGCUGUCCGUUGCGGGCCUUUAAAUGGUGCGCCACGAACGAGGUGCUGACGCCGAGUGCGCUGCAGUGGGCGCCCGGACAGCCGAACCACGCAAACGGCGUGCAGGACUGCAUCCAGCUGACCGUCAACCCCGGAGCAACCACCAAUACGGUUCUUAAUGACGAGUCUUGCUAUACACCCUUCAAUUUUAUUUGUGAGGGUCCUGCAUCCCUUUUAGGAGCAAAUGCGACUCAAACCACGCCCAGUCCUGCUCCAACGUGCAAUGCUACUUGCCUGCAAAUGACUUGCGAGAAGAACCCCACUUUUUACACCAGCAAUGGAAAAUAUCUCUCAGUUAAUACCCAAGUUGGAUUGCUAAGGGAAAUGUGUGGCAGCGCAGUCAUUUUUGGAAACGACCUAAAAACAUUCAUUGACGCGCAAAGGUUCUGCUGCCAAGCAGGACUUCGACUCUUAAGCGCUGAAACGCUCGACAAAUUCAACUGCCUUGCAGAUGCAAAUAAAGACAACACGCGUUGGCUUGGCCGCAAAUUCUGGACUUCGGCAACGACCAGCAACUGUCCACGGGUUUAUCGUUGGUGCUUGGAGGACCAAACGGCCAUCGUAGCCGUGAACGACAGUUUUUGGCGACCUGGCCAACCUCAGGACGAGGGCAUUUACGACUGCGUGCAAAUUACGCUCAAUGUGAGCUCCCAAAACGUACUCACCGACGAAAAUUGCAACUCGCUGGCCUACCCCGCGUGCGAGGGAACUCCUCUUCUGUUGCCUUGGUACACGACCACGACUCCUCCAUCGACGCAAGAUCCUCUGAACUGUGCGCCUUUGUGUCCAACUCAAGUUUGCGAGAGAAAUCCUCUGAAUUACACCAGGGAUGGAAGAUUUAUUAAUGAGUCUACAGCAGCAGGAACAUUUAAAGAGUCUUGCGGCAGACUUUAUCUCUUUAGCUAUAUCCAGAUGACAUACAAUGAUGCGUAUGCCGCGUGUUGCGACUUAGGAAUGCGCUUGCUGAGCGUCGAGGACCAGUUCAAGCACCAAUGCCUUGUCGAUCUCAACAAUGUUGACACCAUGUACACGAACAAAGUAUUCUGGACGUCUGGCAGCGACUUGGGCUGCCCAUUUAAAUUCAAAUGGUGCGCUAGUAACACGUGGUUCUCCAACACUUCCGUCAACUGGUUGCCCGGCCAGCCGAACAAUGCUUACGGAGUGCAGGACUGCGUCCAGCUUACCCUGACAAAGGGAACCUGGGCCCAGAGCACUUACAAUGACGAUCCUUGCAGCUUCACCUACUCCUUCAUCUGCGAGGGUGAUCGUUCUUUGUACAGGGGCAGCUCCUUCUACACAACAACAAGUACAACAACUACGUCUACCACAACAGUGAGGCCAACAACGCCGCUCAACAGACCGUCCGAUUGCGAUCCCGUCUGUCCACCAUUUUCUUGCGAGCGAGAUCCCUUUUUAUUCACCACUGAUGGCCGCUUUUUGAACCUUUCCAAAGUAAAUGGUAUAAUGCGUGAAGCAUGUGGCAAAAUGUAUUAUUUCAGUGUCGAGCAAGACUCGUACACAAAUGCAGCGUCCACUUGCUGCGACAUGGGAAUGAAUUUGCUCUCGGUAGAGACCUCCAACGAGCACCAGUGUCUGACAAAUCUAAACCAACUUGACAUGCGUUACGUGGAUAAAAUUUUCUGGACUUCUGGCAGCCAGAGGAGUUGUCCUUUUAAUUUCCGAUGGUGCACAGCAACUAACAAUAUCGCGUUCACUUCAACGUCGAUCGCCUGGCAACCGGGACAGCCUAAUAACCUGAACGACGUCCAAGAUUGCGUUCAGCUGACUCUGAAUGCCGUCAAUUUGACCAACAACGGAUACAAUGACGAGCCGUGUCUCUAUGCCAACCACUUUAUCUGCGAAAGUGACAGCAGUUUAUUGUGGCGGACAACUACGACAACAUCAACCUCGACAACACUGGCGCCAACCACAACCACUCCGAUCUGCAAUGCAAUCUGUCCGCAAACUACUUGCGACAAAGAUACGAAAAUGUUCACCGCGGAUGGAAAAUUUUUAAGCGAUUACAUAACAGUCUCAAAUACCCUGGGAGUUUUGGCCGAGACGUGCGGUAGGCUUUACUUUUUUGGCAACAAAAUGGUGUCGGCGACGGAAGCAAGGACAAUUUGUUGCUCGAUGGGAAUGUGGUCGGUUGGCGUGGAGAGCCUAGACGAAAACAAGUGCAUCGCCGAGAUUUACGGCUCGCUCGGUCUGCCGACCAGAAUUUACUGGACCUCUGGCAGCCAGAGAGGAUGCAACCUGUCCUUUAAAUGGUGCUCUUCGAACAUCACUUUCGGGCCAACUUCAAUAAACUGGCUGGCCGGACAGCCCAACAACUUGUACGGCGUGCAGGAAUGUGUGCAAAUGUCGCUGUCGCAGAGCAGUUCCGUCUCUGCUACGUUCAACGACGACCCUUGCUCGUUUUCCUACUAUUUCGUGUGCGAGGGUCCUGCAUCGUUAAUUCAAAGAGGCAGCACCAUUUCCACGUCAACCACGCCUGCUCCUUGCGUGGCGAGCUGUCCUCAAGUACUCUGCGACAGAGACUAUAAAAUGUUCUCUGCCGAUGGAAAAUAUCUAGACGAAGCUGCACUGUCAUCUGCUGGAGUUGUGGCUGAGAGUUGCGGGAGAUUAUAUUUUUUCGGGAACAGAAUGGUCAGCGCAAGUGACGCAAAUUACUACUGUUGUUCCUUGGGGAUGUCCUCCGUGGCUGUGGAAACCAGCGAGGAGAACCAGUGUCUCUCACGAAGCUACGCUUCCACGGGGCUGCCAAGUCGAUUUUACUGGACCUCAGGAAGUCAACUGGGUUGCAAUCUUUACUUCAAAUGGUGCUCUUCCAACAUCACAUUCGGAUCGAGGUCCAUCAACUGGCUCCAAGGCCAGCCAAACAAUCUGAAUGGAAUUCAGGAUUGCAUCCAAAUGACCCUUUCCCCGGGAACAAACCCUCUGGCAGCUUUUAAUGAUGAUCCCUGCUCGUACUCGUAUUACUAUUUGUGCGAGGGUGAUCUUACAAUGUUGGAGAGAAAUUCGCAACUUGUUCAGUCCACUACCCCUUCGCCAUGGACGCCAAACUGCACGCCGCGGUGCCCGAAUGUCGUUUGCGACAAAGACCCCACUUUAUACACGCCAGAUGGAAAAUAUCUAGCAGUUCCAUCUCCAAUCGGAACUGUGAGGGACGCGUGCGGAAAAGUUUAUUUGUUUUCUAAUAUACAAGAAACCCAAAGCGACGCUGCUGCAAUUUGUUGCGAGGCAGGAAUGAGACUAGUCUCGAUUGAAACUCUAGCGGAGCACGAAUGUUUGACCCAGCUGAACAAUGUCGAUAUGCGUUACACGAGCAGAAUGCACUGGACGUCUGGCAACCAGAACAGCUGUCCUUUCAACUUCCGGUGGUGUCCGUCGAACAACACCUUUUCCAACACGAGCAUCAACUGGCUGGCCGGGCAGCCGAACAACCUGAACGGCAUUCAGGACUGCGUGCAGUUCCUGCUGACGACCGGCGUCUGGACGGCCAGUUCGUUCAUCGACGAGGCGUGCUCCUACGCCAAUUACUUCAUUUGCGAGGCUGACCGCUCCGUGCUGCAGAGCAACGCCGCCACCACCACCGCGGCCCCGGCCACCACAACCACAAUCAAUCCGGCCUUUGUCACCAGCUGUUUACCUUCUUGCCCGUCCUUUACCUGCGACAGAGACCCUUCCCUCUUUACUGCUGAUGGACAGUUCUUAGUUGCUCCUACUUCGAUGGGGAUUGUGAAAGAGAUUUGCGGCAAAAUCUACUUUUUCGGCAGCAGCCAAAUAUCGUACGUAAGUGCCGCAGCCGAAUGCUGCGAUCUGGGAAUGUCGCUGCUGAGCGUCGAAUCGCAGGCGGAACACCAGUGCAUCACCGAUCUCAACAAUGCCGACAUGAAGUUCUCGAGCCGAGCCUUCUGGACCUCCGGCAGCGACCGGAGCUGCCCUUUCAACUUCCGUUGGUGCACGUCGCCAAACAACUCGUUUUUCUACAACUCGAGCAUCAACUGGCAGACGGGCCAGCCGAACAACGCGUUCAACGCUCAGGACUGCGUGCAACUGACCCUGAACACGGGAAUGGUCACGGCCAGCACCUACGACGACCAACCCUGCACAUUCGUCAACUAUUUCAUUUGCGAGGGAAGUCGACUUUUGCUGCAGUCAAACAAUAUUGUCACCUCUACAUUGUCCACCACAACCACGACCACGGCACCGCCCACCACAGCUUGUCUUCCACGGUGUCCGGCUUUUAACUGCGACAGAGACCCUUCAUAUUUUACGAGGGAUGGACAGUUUUUAAAUGCUCAACCAUCGAUCGGCAUCUUGAAAGAGACGUGCGGGAAAUUAUACUUUUUUGGAAGUUCCCAGUUAGCCUACGUGUCUGCGGCCACGAUCUGUUGCGAUUUAGGAAUGUCUCUGUUGAGCGUGGAAACUUCUUCGGAGCAUCAGUGCCUGACCGACUUGAACAACGGUGACAUGCGGUGGAGCGACCGCAGCUUUUGGACCUCGGGCAGCGACCAGAGCUGUCCGUUUAAUUUCCAGUGGUGCACCGCGCCCAGCGCCUCUUUCUUUUACAACUCGAGCAUCAACUGGCUGGCUGGACAGCCGAACAACGCCUUCAACCAGCAGGACUGCGUCCAGUUGCGCCUGACGACGGGCUCCUGGACGGCCAGCACCUACGACGACCAGCCUUGUAAUUUCGUCAGUUUUUACAUUUGCGAAGGCGAUCGGAUGCUGCUGCAAAGCAACUGGCAAAACGUGCCGACCACCACGACGCCGCCCCCGACCACGACCACGACUUGCCAACCGAGGUGUCCGAGUUUUUCAUGCGAACGAGAUCCAUCUUUGUUUACAUCAGACGGAAGAUAUUUAAAUGUUCCACCCGAAUAUGGUGUCAUUAAAGAAACCUGCGGAAAAAUCUAUUUCUUCUCUAAAGUUCAGGACUCUUUCACGAACGGGGCCGCAGCUUGUUGUGAUUUGGGAAUGUCCCUGGUCAGCAUCGAGUCGCAGUACGAGCACCAGUGCUUGACUGACCUCAAUAAUCUGGAUAUGAAAUACACCGGCCGAUAUUUCUGGACUUCCGGGAGUCAACUGAACUGCUCCUUCAACUUUCGUUGGUGCACGUCCAACGCGUUUUUCACCAACACGAGCAUAAACUGGAUGGCCGGCCAGCCGAACAACGCGUUUGGCAUUCAGAGCUGCGUGCACUUUCUGCUGACGACAGGCGCGUGGACGGCCAGCGCCUACGACGACCAGCCGUGCACCUACUUCUACUACUUCAUUUGCGAGGGCGACCGCCUGCUCCUGCAGAGCAACAACCCAACAGCGACGACAGCGCCGACCACAACAACUACGGCGGCUCCCACGACCACGUGUACACCCUCGUGUCCAGGCUAUUUUUGCGAAAGAGACCCGUCAUUCUUCACUCCAGAUGGAAAAUCUCUUAGCAUUCCAGCGGAGUACGGGUUUGUUCGUCAAGCUUGCGGCCGGCUGUAUUUUAUAGGAAUCACGCAGGAAAUUUACAAUGACACACUGUCAUACUGCUGCGACUACGGAAUGACCCUUCUCAGCGUAGAAUCGCAAGCCGAGCACCAAUGCCUUUCCGACCUAAAUAACGGUGACGCGAGCAUGCGGUACUCAAACCGAAUUUUCUGGACCUCCGGCAACCAAAGGGGCUGUCCGUUCAAUUUCCGGUGGUGCUCGAGCAGCGGAUUUUUCGGCAACACGUCCAUCAAUUGGGCCAGUGGCCAACCGAACAAUGCGAGAGGCCUGCAAGAGUGCGUUCAGCUGACGCUAAACGCCGGCGUCUCCACCAACAGCGUUUACAACGACGAAGUCUGCUCCUUCGCCGCUUAUUACAUUUGCGAGGGCGAUCAAUCAUUGCUGUGGAACGCAGGCACUGUGACAACAACCACGACAAAUCCCCCGACUACAACUCGAGGGUGUACUUCUCCGAACUGUCCGGGCUUUGUUUGCGAGAAGGAUCCUUCGUUGUUUACCUCAGACGGAAGAUAUCUCAACGUUCCAAUCUCCGUUGGCUUUAUGAGGGUAAUAUGCGGCCGACUGUACUUGUUCAGCACCACGCAGACAACAUACACAAACGCGCUGGCCGCUUGUUGCGACGCGUCAAUGGACUUGAUCAGUGUCGAAAGCAUCGUCGAGCACUCUUGCAUUACAGACACCAACAAUAACGAGCUUCGUUUUAACAACCGCGCUUUCUGGACGUCCGGCGUGGACGUCGGCUGUCCGUUCAGGUUUCAGUGGUGCACCGGCACGAAGCAGGCGUUCACCAACACUUCCAUUAACUGGGCGGCUGGACAGCCAGACAACCAGUUCGGCAUCGACGACUGCGUGCAGUGGAAUUUAAACACGGGACAGUGGUCCGCCAGCACGUUCGCCGACGCCCCUUGCAAUUCCUACUAUUACUAUAUUUGUGAAGGAGAUCCUGCGUUGCUGCAAAGCUCCGCGAUGACCACCACCACGACGACAACAACCACGACGACGACCACUACCCUUCCCACGACUACUACGCCCUGUCAGAGUCCGCUUUGCUCAAAUCCUAGCUGCAGCAUUGAUAGUAACUACGUCAAUCCAGAUGGAAGCUUCAAACCAAUUCCAAGCUCUAUUGGCUACGUGAAGUACGCUUGCGGACGCCGAUACUUCUUCAGCACCAUAUCUCGAUCGAAAAACGACGCUGCACUGAUUUGCUGCGUUCUCGGCACGAAACUCGUCAGCAUAGAGACAAACGCGGAGCUGACCUGUCUGUCCGACCUGAAUAAAGUGGACGCCAAUUUGAAGUCGAGUCAAAUCUACUGGACGUCUGGCACGGACGAGAACUGCCCGAACAAAUACUUUUGGUGCGGCACCAACAGUCGUUUCGGAGACACCGCCUGGUCCACUGGACAGCCGGACAAGUACCUGCCACCCGAGAACUGCGUGGCCGUCGCCCUGAACGUGGACACGCCGACGCAGCGAGGCUACAGCGGAAUUUUGGACACGACGUGCAGCUACAACAACCUUUUCAUUUGCGAGUGA